AAUUGAGACAAAAAUUUUGGUCAUAGAGAGCUCCAGUUUUGAGAGGAUUCGUCAAAAAUUUAGUUUCAGUAGUUUUCGGUUCGAUCGAGCUGUGCCGUUGGUGCGAUUCCGGCGGUUCUUAAGUGCGUCUCUUGGAUUACCUUAUCUUUUAUUCGCCGGUUUAUCUUUUUCCCCGGCGGCAAAAACCAGGCUUGGUGUGUGUUUCAGGUCGAGGGAAAUGGAGACGAAUGGUAAAGAUGACCGCCUAAAGGCGCCGCUUCUGCCACCGUCAGACAGCGUUUCAAUUACGGUGUACCCGACAUCUCCAGGGAAAAUGAUGAAAACAAGGACGACUAUGUUUAGAAUCGGGAAUGUCAAGUGUUCUUCAUGUGUCACAUCUAUAGAGUCGGCAUUAGGGAAGGUUACGGGAAUUGAGAGUGUCACUGUGUCCGCGCUACAUGGCCAAGCAGUUAUUAAAUAUGUGCCGGAGCUCAUCAAUCUUAAAGCAAUUAGAGAAGCCAUUGAGGACCUAGGCUUCCUAGUUUUUGAGUUCCCUGAAGAUAUAGCCGUAGUUCGCCUUAGAAUUAAGGGGAUGUCAUGUACUAGCUGUACGAAUUCUAUUGAAGGUGCUCUUCGAAUGGUUGAGGGAGUAAAGACAGCGGUUGUGGGCUUAUCCCUUGAAGAAGCAAAAAUUCACUUUGAUCCUACACUAACUGAUUCCGAAGAACUAAUCCAAGCAAUUGAAGAUGCUGGCUUUGAAGCAGAACUCAUGAGCAAUGUGAACGAUGGUAACAAAGUACAUCUAAAACUUGAAGGAAUCAGUUCUGAUGAAGAUUUCACUAUUAUUCGUUCCACUCUUGAGUCCGUGCGAGGAGUGAACCAGGUUGAGAUGGACAAGGAGUCUAAUAAGGUAAUUAUUGUAUACGACUCGGAUUUCACUGGUCCAAGGUCUCUCAUAAAGUGCAUCCAAGAAGCUGAAAAACCCACCAACUCCUAUCAUGCCAGCUUGUAUGUUCCUCCGAGUGGAAGAGAAGCAGAGCGCCAACAUGAGAUUCUGGGCUACAGGAACCUUUUUCUCUGGAGCUUCCUAUUCUCAGCUCCCGUGUUCAUUUUCUCCAUGGUGCUUCCUAUGUUUCCUCCUUAUGGCGACUGGUUACAUCACAUGGUUUACAACAUGCUCACAGUUGGGAUGCUUCUAAGAUGGAUUCUUUGCACUCCAGUGCAGCUCAUCAUUGGGAGCAGGUUUUACGUUGGAUCAUACUAUGCUUUGAAACGAGGAUCUGCUAAUAUGGAUGUUCUGGUUGCAUUGGGAACGAGUGCUGCGUAUUUUUAUUCUCUAUAUGUUUUAAUAAAAGCAUCAACAUCAGAAUCAUUCGAAGGAAUGGAUUUCUUCGAGACAAGUGCAAUGUUGAUUACCUUUAUUCUCUUAGGAAAAUAUUUGGAGGUGCUGGCUAAGGGGAAGACAUCUGAUGCACUAGCUAAGCUAACCAAGCUUGCUCCUGAUACAGCUUUGCUGCUAACUCUUGACGGGGAUGAAAAUAUCAUCUCAGAGGAUGAGAUAAGCACAUCACUGAUACAAAAGCAUGAUGUGAUUAAGAUUGUUCCUGGGGCAAAAGUCCCGAUUGAUGGGGUUGUUACAAAGGGUCAGAGCCAUGUAAAUGAGAGCAUGCUCACCGGUGAAGCAAGGCCAGUGGCUAAAAAGCCAGGAGACAAGGUUAUUGGCGGAACUGUGAAUGAAAACGGAUGCGUGCUAGUUAAGGUCACUCAUGUUGGAUCAGAGACUGCAUUGUCCCAGAUAGUUCAACUAGUGGAAGUGGCUCAGCUUGCUAAAGCACCUGUUCAGAAACUGGCAGAUCAAAUUUCCCGGGUCUUUGUUCCUGUGGUCGUUGUGGCAGCCAUUCUUACAUUUUUGGCCUGGUUCAUACCUGGACAAGCAUCUAUGUAUCCUAAAGAUUGGAUUCCAAAAGCCAUGAACAGCUUUGAGCUGGCGCUACAAUUUGGCAUAUCAGUGUUGGUUGUUGCUUGUCCAUGUGCUCUAGGACUAGCAACCCCUACAGCCGUCAUGGUUGCUACAGGGAAAGGUGCUUCUCAAGGCGUUCUUAUCAAGGGUGGAAGUGCACUUGAAAAGGCACACAAGGUGAAAACUGUUGUAUUCGAUAAAACAGGUACUCUGACGGUGGGGAAACCUGUAGUUGUUAGCAUGAAGGUUUUCUCUCCCAUGCCAAUCCAAGAGUUCUGUGACAUAGCUGAAGCAGUAGAGGCAAACAGUGAGCAUCCGAUAGCUAAGGCUGUCGUACAACAUGCUAAGAAGCUGCGCCAGAUGAAUUCAUCCAACCAAGGACAUAUAGCAGAAGUGCAGGACUUUGAGGUACACCCAGGAUAUGGGGUGAGUGGGAAAGUUAGUAAAAAGGUGGUCUUGGUUGGUAAUAAGAGGCUAAUGGUGGCCCGUAAGGUACCAAUCAGCUCUGAAGUUGAGGAUUACAUGUCAGAGAGUGAGCAGCUUGCGCGUACUUGUGUGUUGGUUGCAAUCAAUGGGAUGGUUUGUGGAGGUUUCGCCGUAACAGAUCCCGUAAAACCAGAAGCAGAGAGAGUAAUUUCAUUCCUUAAAUCAAUGAACAUUACGAGUAUAAUGGUGACUGGCGACAAUUGGGCAACAGCAAAUGCCGUAGCCAAGGAAGUUGGAAUUACUAUGGUGAUUGCAGAGACAGAUCCACUUGGAAAAGCUGAUAAAAUCAAAGAUUUGCAGUUGAAAGGGAUGGCUGUAGCAAUGGUAGGUGAUGGAAUCAACGACUCUCCAGCUUUAGCCGCGGCUGAUGUUGGCAUGGCAAUUGGUGCUGGUACUGAUGUUGCUAUUGAAGCUGCUGACAUAGUUCUUAUGAAGAGUAACCUGGAAGACGUAGUAACAGCCAUUGAUCUCUCACGAAAGACACUCGCUAGAAUCAGACUCAACUAUGUAUGGGCACUUGGCUACAAUGUACUUGGAAUGCCAAUUGCUGCCGGAGUAUUAUUCCCAUUCACAGGAAUUCGGUUACCACCUUGGGUUGCUGGUGCUGCCAUGGCUGCAUCAUCAAUUAGUGUCGUAUGUUCUUCUCUUCUAUUGCAGUCUUACAAGAAGCCUUUGCAUAUCGAACGUGCUCGGGGACUUGUAGACUAUUCGGAAUCAGUCUGAGAGGUAGCUGAGCCCCGCCUACAUCUUAUUAGGAUCUCGUCUUUCUCUUUUGUUUGCUGUACUUCUUUUUUUGUGUUAUACCUCACUUUUUAAUCUCCUGUUGCAUAUAUUGACUGAGAACCGCUACACAACUGUAAAAAUAACUACAGUGCAGGACACUAUUAAGGGUGCAUUUCCUAGAUAUAUGUUUUGGAUCUUGAAAAUGCAACAAAAAAGAAUUAUGUUUUGUUAA